AUGUCAGAAGUAUUAGCCUAUAUGUCCGGCCCCUUCUUCUUGGGAUUCGCCUUGGAAAGUUUCGGCAUGGGAAUAGUUCUGAUCCUAUCGAUCAACUACUUUAUGACUUUGGCAUCUCAGCCUAAAUCACCUCAUGAAUCAUCUCGGACCCUCGGUGUCUGCCUAGUAGGCAUAAGUCUGGUGCUUAACAUCGUUCAGACAAUCGUAGAUCUCAUAAGGGGAUGGAACAUGUUCGCAACGAAUUUUACCAAUAUCGCAGGAUUCUUAACCUCCUCACCGUUGUUUUUCGUAUCUCCUUUUCUAGGUCUAAUCCAAACUACCAUCACCCAAUUAUUCCUCUUACGCAGGAUCACCUUGUUUAUCUCUUCUUUAGACCUUUUAUGGCCUAAGCUAGCACAUCCACUCGUUAAAAACUUUUUCGCGUUGUCGGUCGGUAUAGCGAUCUUGGCGUGCUUUGUCUGUGGCACCAUUAGUAGUGUGUUGGUAUGGAAGAGUGGUAGUCUGAUAUCGCUGGGUUUACCAGGCAACACUGGCUUCGCAAAAGCCGAAUCAGUCUGGCUGGCAACAUCGACUGCAGUGGAUACGCUCUUAUCUCUGGUGCUAAGUAUCGAAUUGUGGUGGGCAAGACAAAAAUUAGGUAUGCAAGGUGGUGUAAUGAGGGAAAUAGUGACUAGGUUGAUCCUCGUGACUUGCCAUGGUGGACUUGCUGUAUCCGGCUUACAGCUGUCGUCAUUACUACUAUACAAUUACUGGAGAUAUAACGCAUUCUGCUACCUUCCCAUCCUAUUUUUACCGAAAGUUUACAACAUAACUCUGAUCUUAUCACUUUCCGUCCCUCAUUCAACCGAAAUUGCUCCAAAUCCCUCACAUAUGUUUUCGUUACCUACCAUAUUAGAUACCCAAGUACCCACCAAUGAACCGAAUAGACGGUUCACAAGUCCUUUACCCGACCACAAUGCGGCAACGAGAUCAAGGAACGGUAUUGACAAACAACCUCAACAUUCUGGUCAGAUGGCUGAAAGACCAGAUAAGAGACAAUGGAUCAGCUGGAGUGUUGGUGCCAUUCCUUCCUCUUCAUCUUCACAAAUCAGAAAUCGACAUAGUAUCUCUCAAAACCGUCGUUUUCAGAGGUACUCGUACAACGAGCGAUUCCGUGAGGAACGAGAUCGACGACCGUCAGAUCCUAAUUCGUUAUCACCACUGAUACCUGAACAGUCUCAGCCUCAGCCUCAACCUAGCAAUCCCCUCGCUUACACUCAUGAAUCAUCUUUCUUACCUGAUCAUACCAUCUUGCCUUCUCCUUCUCCAUCCAGUAUGACAGCCCAGCGGCAUAGUGCCAUCGUUACUCCUUCGAGUAGUCGUCCCUUGCAAUCAUCCUUUGAUGUCUCUGCAAUAUAUCCUCAACCAAAUUCUUCGUUGUUUGAUGUCGAUCCCUUCCAUUCGACAACUCAUCGUAAUCAACAUCAUCAUUCACCAAAUGAAAGUUCUCUCCCACAACAAGAGGACGAAGAUGAGACGAGUUUGAAGGGUGUUCUCACAUCGGGUGAUCGAGAUCAAAGACGAAGCGAAGGAGAUAGACCGGUAACCUUUAUGGAUAUUUUGGAUACUGGACCGGAUUCAGGCGAAUACAGGGGAAAUGAGAAGGACUUCUAA